CAACAAUAUCUUAUUAUUAAUCCAAUCGUUUAUUGAAGUGUUUAAGUUUUAAGUGAUGAAAUCAAAAGUGACGAGUGUGGAAAAAAAGCAUAGGAAUAAGAUUUAUCAAUAUGUUGCAGCAUUUACAGCAAAUCUUGGCAUCAUCUGCAGCGAAAUGCACUACGGCUGGCCGUCGCCAUCCCUCCCGAUCCUCAUCAACGGAAACUACACCUUCCAAAUAACGAGCGAAGAAGGCUCCUGGAUAGCAGUGAUACCCCUCAUAGGCGCCAUAUUCGGCGCCUUCGUAACAGGCCUGGUGGUGGACCACCUGGGCCGCAAAAAAAUGGUGAUAUUCUCGUCGUUCCCCUUCGUCGUAUCCUGGCUGAUGAUCGGCCUGGCCAAAUCCUCCACUUUGCUGUACGUAGGGAGGUUCAUCGCGGGCGCCACUGACGGCAUGUCUUUCACGGCCGUCCCGAUGUAUUUGGGGGAGAUCUCCGAACCCAGGAUAAGAGGUCUAUUGGCGUCAGUAUGCCCUGUCAGCAUCGUAUUGGGUUUACUUUUGAUAAACGUCCUAGGCUCGUAUUUGCCCAUUGAUACGACUGCGUAUAUAGCCACAAUAAUACCCAUACUACUGUUUCUGUUGUUCAUAUGGAUGCCGGAAAGCCCAUACUUCCACCUAAUAAAAGGCAACAAGGAGGCGGCCAAAAAAAGCCUAGUGAAGUUUCGCGGAACAACAAACGUAGACGAAGAGCUGGACAGAAUGGCUUUGGGAGUCAAAGAGCAAAACGAAAACACCGGAAAAUUCUUCGACCUCUUCACCGUGAAGUGCAACCGGAAAGCCCUGUUCAUAGCCUUCGGUUUGCGUACAGUACAGCAGUUAAGCGGUACAACCGCCAUUAUAAUCUACUGCAAAACUAUUUUCAACGAAGCACGCCACUUUAUGGCGCCCAACAUCGGCCCCAUCAUAUUCUUCAUGGUGCAAUUAAUAAUGUCCGCCAUAUCCUCCUCAAUCGUGGAUCUAACCGGCAGAAGACCUCUGUUGAUUAUAUCAAUCACAGGAACAUCCUUCACGUUACUUCUCAACGGGAUUUUUCUCUACAUCAAAAACUGCACGGAGAUAGACACCACUGAUUUCAACUUCGUGCCCAUAAUAGCUCUGAUUGGCUUCGUGGUUAUAUUCAGCGUGGGGCUGCAAACGAUUCCACUGCUGGUGAUGGGCGAAAUAUUCCCCACCAAUGUGAAAGCGUUCGCUCUAUGCACAGCCGAUAUUUACUUCAGCGUUAUUGCCACUCUUGUUUCGAAAUUUUUCCAUUGGACCAACGAGGCGUUUGGAAUGCACGUGCCUUUCUUCGUUUUCACUUUUUGCUGUGUGGUGGGCCUGUUUUUCAUUUUGCACUGCGUCCCGGAGACCAAAGGGAAGACCCUCGAGGAUAUACAGAGGCUGUUAAAGGGCGAGGAGCUACAGGAUUAUAGAAGACCCAGUAAAAUAGUUUGAUAUUGUAGUUAAGAUUAAGAAUUUUAAAUCUCGAAGAUUGAGA